AUGGCGGGCACAGGAAAGUCAACCAUUGCUCGAACGGUUGCAUCGAGCUGUGACCGAAGGAAACGGCUAGUUGACCAAAGAGAGCUACCCAGCAGUAUCUGUCUGGGGGCUACUUUCUUCUUUCAUCGAACCAAGCAAGGGCGUAACUAUGCCGACUGCUUCUUAUCAACACUUGCUUGGCAGCUCGUACAGUCCUUACCGGACCUUGCCACGCUUGUGUGUGAUGCCAUCGAAGCGAACCCUAACAUCGCUUCCGAUCGGUUGGGAACCCAGUGGAAUACGCUGAUCCUGAGCCCGCUCAAGAAAUUCGGAAAGAGAAUCCUGCCAAAUGUGACAUUUCUCCUUGUCAUCGAUGCAUUGGAUGAGUGCCUGCCAGAGACACCAGACACCCCCGACAAACCGGGACAGGACAUCGACAACACUGAUAUCCAGACCAUUCUCGAGCUAUUGAAACAAGUCCAAGAGUUGCAAGGCUCGCACGUGCAAGUCCGGAUAUUUCUCACCAGUCGUCCGACAGAGGAGAUCAACUUUCGAUUCGGUCAAAUGUCACCGCAUGACCACCAAGACGAGACACUGCUAAAGAUCCCCAUCCGAACCGCCGACGACUCGCGUGAAGACGAUAUCACUCUCUUCUUUGAUCACAGGCUGAAAGGUAUAUACGACCAACGACGCCAACAUUCUAAAACAAAGAAAAUGAAUUUCAAAUGGGACGAGAGACGGUCAAGCAAAGAGACUAUUCAGAAACUCGUCUUCCAAUCAAAUGGCCUGUUCAUCUUCGCAGCCACGGCAUGUCGAUUAAUUGCGCAACGGGGAACAGAUCUGGGUGAUCGGCUGGAAAUCGUUCUUGGUGGUGGAGGCGAUGAGAUAGAUCAUAGAUCUCCUCAGGGGACACUUGAUGCAUUUUAUAUCGACAUCUUGAAAGUUGAAAUCUGGAGAGAUGCGACAAAGGCAGAACAACGAAAGAGAGCCUCUCAGUUUCAGCGGAUUAUCGGCACAAUCAUCAUUCUGUCAGAAUCUCUCAGUAUCCAAGGUCUCGCCGGGCUCAUAUCAUAUCAGCCGGAAGAAAUGGAAUAUGACAUCCAACAGAUGCUGCAGCGCAUGCUGUCGGUUAUGACCUGCUCCGACGAUGAUGGCUCAAUUGAGCUGCUCCACCUUUCAUUUCGAGCUUUUCUCGUGAGCAAGGAAAGAGCGAGAGAUUUCUGGAUUGAUGAGAAGGAACUUCACAGAGAGGUUUUCGAGCGCUGCCUAGAGGUGAUGUCCCAAACCCUGGAAAAGGACGUCUGCCGUCUUGGAAGGGUCAACACUCGUUUGGAAGACGUUGAACCCAGUCAUAUUAAGCAGUACCUUCCAAAGCAUACCAAGUAUGCUUGUUCAUACUGGGCAUACCAUUUUCAGAAUAGUAAUGCUGUGCUCUCUGAUGGUGGAAAGCUCCACGGCUUUUUUCGGAAGCAUUUUACUCAUUGGAAUGAGGCAAUGGCGGUUAUGAAAAAGACAUCUUCCGCUAUCUUAGCUCCCAAGGGGCUUCUUACAUACACAGCACUUCAUCCGAAGCAAUGCUCCGAACUCAGCCUGUUUAUCAACGAUGCCUGGCGGCUUCUGGUCAAUUCCAAAUCAAUUAUCGGAGAAGCACCCUUGCAGCUCUACGCAUCUUCUCUCCUCUUUGCCCCAAGAAGUAGCGUGGUUCUCAAGCCAGGCAAAGAGAGAGCGGAUGAAAUUGAUCCUCUCUUCUCCCUGGGCCAGAUGCUUCUUGCCACCACGGCAAGCAGAUGGGGAGGGGAUGCCAUCGAGCUAUGGGAUACGGAGACUUGGACACGUGUGCAGACAUUCAGGCUCAAUAAGCGGGAUGUCUGGAGUAUGGACUUUUCGCCAGAUAGCAAAUUAUUUGCGUAUUCGGGGGAAUUUGAAGCUAUCGAGGUGUGGCACUUGGAGGCAGGAACCCCAAGAAGUCUAGGCUUGUGGCAAUCUGAUUGUGAAGAUGAGACUCAAUAUUACGGACAUAGAGAUGUGGAAGUGCGAUUCUCACCGGACGGUAAAAAGCUCGUCGGUGUCUCUGCUGGAGGAAGGGCUCAGAUCUGGGAUCCACAUACGGAUGCCUUCGAUAAUCUCAUUUGGAAUGUCAACACAGGUAAGGCCGUCAAGAAGGUUGAGGGAUACAAGACAGCGUUUUCUCCAACUGGUACAAUGGUUGCCAUCGUAUCUGGGGAAUCAAUUCAGCUAUGGUGCACCCAUCUCUGGGAGAAGAUGGGUGAGCGCAAGGGGAACGAGCUCGGAUUGGUUGAUGUGGACACGGAUUUGGAGCUGUGGGCCCGGGACUCCAUUGCAGAGGCGGGACAGGAGCUUAUCAUGAUUCCUCGCUCUAACGUUCCCGACGAUGUGUUUUUCCCUGAUCCCUCGGUUGCUGGUUUUACUGUCACGCUGAUUUACGAUACUGGGCCGAAUGCUACCAUCAAAUUCGACGAUUCCAAGAAUAGAACAAUUAGGGAUUCUUGA